UUGCGCCUCUUACGGGUCUGGACCCGUAAGUUUGGUCGGGUGAACACAAACCGCUCCAUAUAAGUUUGAACAUCAAGCCGAGGGGGAGCUACUGUUCACAGUCAAAGCACACUUUCACUCACCGGCGGCGGCGGCUGCUCUUCCUUCCCAUUUUCAGGGUUUGCUGACUCUGAUUGCAGAUCAUCUCAGUUGAAUCUUGACCUUUGAGGUCAGUUUGAGAAUUGAAUUGCAAUGGCUGUAGUUGCUUCUGCUCCUGGAAAGGUCUUGAUGACUGGGGGCUAUCUUGUUUUGGAGAGGCCCAAUGCGGGGAUUGUACUCAGUACGAAUGCUCGGUUCUAUGCAAUUGUGAAACCAUUUUAUGAGGAAAUUAAACCCGACAGCUGGGCAUGGGCAUGGACAGAUGUGAAAUUAACUUCCCCACAGAUGUCAAGAGAAACUACUUACAAAAUGUCGCUAAAACAUUUAGCACUUCAGUGCAUCUCUUCGAGUGAAUCAAGGAACCCCUUUGUAGAAUAUGCAGUGCAAUAUGCUGUUGCAGCAGCCCUUGCAACAUUGGAAAAGGAUAAGAAGGAUUUGUUACACAAACUACUUUUGCAAGGUCUUGAUAUUACAAUCUUAGGUUGCAAUGAUUUCUAUUCAUAUCGGAAUCAGAUUGAAGCACUUGGACUCCCUUUGACACCAGAAUCUUUAGCUUCCCUUCCGCCAUUUACAUCAAUUACUUUUAACAUUGAAGAAGCAAAUGGAGGAAAUCGCAAGCCUGAAGUUGCAAAAACUGGAUUGGGAUCAUCUGCAGCUAUGACAACUGCAGUGGUUGCUGCUUUACUUCAUUACCUUGGAGUUGUUAAUCUUUCCUCCUUGUCUGAAGAUCAACACCAGGAAAAAGAGAAUACUAUGGAUCUUGAUGUGGUGCAUGUGAUAGCUCAAACUGCUCACUGUAUUGCACAAGGGAAAGUUGGCAGUGGGUUUGAUGUUAGUUCUGCAGUUUAUGGUAGUCAACGAUAUGUUCGCUUUUCACCAGAAGUGCUUUCUUUUGCUCAGGAUGCAGUUAAAGGAAAAGCAUUAGAGGAAGUCAUUGGUGAUGUACUGAAUGGCAAAUGGGACCAUGAGAGGACUAAAUUUUCGUUGCCUCCAUUGAUGAAUCUUUUACUAGGAGAACCAGGAACUGGAGGGUCAUCCACAGUAUCAAUGGUGGGUGCUGUCAAGAAGUGGCAAAAAUCUGAACCUCAGAAGGCCCUGGAAACUUGGAGAAAGCUGUCAGAGGCAAAUUCAGUACUUGAAAUGUGCCUCAAUAUGUUAAGCAAAAUGGCAAAAGAACAUUGGGAUUCAUAUAAAUCCAUUAUCGGCAACUGCAGCAUGCAUAAGUCAGAAAAGUGGAUGGAGCAAACCAGUAAACCAAGAGAAACAGAAAUCGUUAAAGCAUUAUUAGGAGCAAGAGACUCCAUGCUUCAGAUCAGGUGUCACAUGCGCCUGAUGGGUGAGGCUGCAGGCAUACCGAUAGAACCUGAAUCACAAACUCGGCUUUUGGAUGCUACUAUGAAUAUGGAAGGAGUUCUGUUGGCCGGAGUUCCUGGAGCUGGCGGUUUUGAUGCUGUUUUUGCAGUCACCUUAGGGAAUUCAAGCAGCAACGUCACCAAAUCAUGGAGUUCACUUAAUGUGCUGGCCUUGCUGGUUAGAGAAGAUCCUCGUGGUGUUUCUUUAGAAACCACUGAUCCGCAAGCCAAGGAAAUUACAUCAGCGAUUUCUUCAGUUCAUAUCAAAUAAGCUGACAUCCUCCCUUGUAUGUUAUUUAUAGAUUAAAAUUACCAUUUUAGGUUUAGGUGUGGCAACUGUAAUCUGCAUGAGUGAGAGAAUUCAUUC